UGGAAAAAAUUCAGUGGGGUCAAGGUCGAAAAUUCCUGAAAGUAGGAAUAGUGCAUUAUUUAACCUAAUCGUAAUACUGUAACUUUGAUAUUCAAACGAAAAUUUUAAAAAUUUCUUCCCACCAUGUCAUUUGAAACCCUAAUCAAUAUUUUUUAGCCAAUUCACCAAGUAUUACGCAGUAAAUGUGAGUAAGUAUAAAUCAUCUGGUAAAUGGAGGUGUUCACACUGCUGGCCUUGUGUUUCAUUUCAAAGUCCAUUUAAAUUCUUUUUUUUUGUAUUUGUUUGAACCAGUUUUUUUUUUAACUCAACCGCGGAGAAGUUGAGGUACCUAACAUUGUAUUAGGUACCUACUAUGCAAGUGUUUGCCAGUGUGUUUGAUAGAACAGAAGUUGAUUUUUAAGCGAGGAAAAAUUGUAAGGCAUUCAAGUGAGUGAUCACAUUAUGGUUCGAAAAUUAUUAUUAUCAACAAAAUUUCUGGCCAUUCUGGCGAUAGUGAUCAAUUGUGCAUUUUGUCAGGGACGAGUUGCCGGUGAAUCUGUCGCUAAAAUUAACUCUCUCAAUUAUCCGAAUCCUAGAAGAGAUGAAAAUGUAUUCGAUACAUAUCCUAAAAAUACUACAAUCAAAGACCCUUACAGAUGGAUGGAAAACUUGGAUAGCGAAGAAACAAAAAAAUUAAUCGAGGAGGAAAACUCUUUGACAAAAUCGUAUUUGAGUAAAAGCCCGUUCCGAGCAGAAUUAGAAGUUCGCUUGAAGGAAUUGUACAAUUUCCACAGAUUUAUAGCGUUUUUUCAAAAAGGCAAACGUUUUUUUUCAUAUCAGAAUAAUGGCUUGCAAAAUCAAGAUGUGGUUUCUAUGCAUGAUUCGUUAACCAGUGAUGGUACUGUGUUUUUGGAUCCGAAUAUUCUAAGUGAAGAUGGAACUGUGUCGUUCGAUCCUAUGUCUGCAGCUUUCUCCGAAGACGGAUUGAUUUUUGCUUAUUUGUUGCUUGCAAAUGGUUCUGACUGGAAAACAUUGCAUUUUAAGCACGUAGAACAAGGCGAUAUUUAUGAAGAAAUAUUAUACAAUGUGAAAUUUACGUCGUUAUUAUGGACACAUGAUAACAAAGGAUUAUUCUAUGCGGCAUAUUCCAAUCAAAAAAAUGAAUCAGAAAGAUUAAAGGUUAAUGGAGAAAAAAAUAUGAAAUUAUAUUACCAUCUACUUGGAACAGAGCAGUCUGAAGACGUGGUAGCAGUAGAAUUUCCGAAUAACUCAGACUAUCUGAUCGAUGGUUGGAUCAGUGACUGUGGCAAAUACCUAAUUGUGACGGCGAGCCCAGGUUCCGAUAAUAAUUUGAUAUACAUUGCUGAUUUGAAUAAGAUCAAUUAUCAAAUAAAGGGUAACUUAGAACUAGUACCAAUUGUCACGAAAAUGGAAGCCACGUUCGAAUAUAUUGCUAAUUAUAAUCACACCUUCAUCUUCAAAACCAAUAAAGACGCCAGCAACAAUAAAUUGAUUACAAUCGAUAUCGAAAACCCUGAUCCAAAAACAUGGAAAAACCUCGUACCUGAGGAUGAAAAAUACGCAUUGGAAUCGGCAAAAGCAGCAUUCAAUAAAUACUUGACCCUAAGUUAUAUUCAAGAUGUUAAGAGCGUUCUCCAACUACACGACUUAAAAACUGGCAAUUUCAUUAAGAAAUUCGAUUUAGAAAUUGGCGCGAUCAACAAAUUAUAUAUUUUUACCGAACAAAAAUCUCCUAGCUUAUUUUUCACAUUUGAAUCUUUCUUCACGCCUGGCAUUAUUUAUCACCUCAAUUUAUCUGCUCCAUCAUUCAAUCUUGAGGUUGUACGAGAAAACAAGUUGAAAAAUUUUGACCGUGAGAAAUUCGCAGCCGAACAAGUAUUCUAUAAGAGCAAAGAUGGCACCCAAAUACCAAUGUACCUUCUGUACAAAAAAGGUUUGCAAAAGAAUGGAAACAAUCCCUCUCUUCUGUAUGGUUAUGGAGGAUACGCUGCUAGUCUGUUACCUUAUUUCAGCAUCGAUACUAUAUUAUGGAUAAGUAAUUUCGAUGGUGUAUAUGCCAAUGCUAAUAUCAGAGGCGGAGGAGAAUAUGGUGAAAAAUGGCAUCGAGAUGGAAUACUGGACAAAAAGCAAAAUUCCUUCGAUGACUUUCAAGCCGCUGCUGAAUAUUUAAUCGCUAAAAACUACACCAAAACUGACUUGUUGACCAUAAAUGGAAUAUCUAACGGAGGACUAUUAAUGGGCGCAUGUCUUAAUCAAAGGCCAGAUUUAUUUUCCGUUGUAGUUUCAGAAGUGAGUGUGUUGGAUACAUUAGGAUUUGAAAGACAACCUGAUGGCUAUACAUGGGUACCUGAGUAUGGUUCACCGUCCAACGAGAAAGAUUUCGAAUAUUUAUAUAAAACCUCGCCCUUGCAUAAUAUCAAAAUACCUAAUGAUCCCAAUAAACAAUAUCCUGCCGUUAUGCUCACAACUGCAGACCAUGACGAUCGAGUUCCGCCUUAUUAUUCUUUAAAAUUCAUAUCUACAUUACGAUACGAAGCGAAGAAUCAUCCCAACCAGAAAAACCCUUUCAUAAUCCGGAUUGAGAAAAAUGCUGGACAUAGCUUGGGCGAACCCACUGAGAAACUAAUUGCUCGAUAUGUGGAUCAAUAUUGUUUCAUUAUAAUGAAUACUGGAAGCAAGUUUCACACAUAGGUCAGCAAAAUUAAAUUACCUCAUACGGUCUAUUUUGUACAAAUAAUGAUAUCCUCCAAAAGUGUGAGGCAAUAACAUUUUAUGUGUAAAUGCAGCUUACAGGGCCGUAGUGUGGCCACUUUCUUGGGUAUAGGUAGGGCAAAUGAAAUUCUGGCCAGGAUGUGGAAAUUCUGAAGAGCACCUGGUUGGGAAGGAGGGUGUUUUUCGAAGGUUCUCAGAAUGACAAAAAUUAACUACAUACAUCGAUUCAAAGAAAUAAAAGAAUAGGUAGGUAAGGUAUUUAUGAACACAUUUGUUUCAGCUGCCUAUAUUAAGGCUUUAAAAUGAUGGUAGCGCGGCUCGAGCAAAAAUUUAUCAAAAAAUUGGUUCAUAAAGCAAAAAAACUCCUAUUUUUUGUCAUGUAAGUAUACCUACAUAUGUUUGAAUCAAUUCUAUUAAUCCUUUCCUUGGUUAGUCAUUGGCUGAGUAGGUAGUUCCUGAAACACAUUCCAACGAAUUUUUCUUCUUAACAGACCUAAGUACUUUAUAAGUUCACAAAAAUGCACAUACCUAUCUUAGAUUUAAAGUUUUGAAAAUAUUUCCAAAAAAGCAAAAAUUUUGAAUAAAACUUGACUUAACCUUAUGUAGUUAAUUUUUGGAAGAAAAUAACACAGAUUUUUCUAGCUAGGGCAAAAUUUUCUCCAGCCAGGGCAUUGCCCUAAUUCUUACGUACGCUACGACCCUGGCAGCUCUAUAGGUACAUAUACGUAUUUAAAUAAAAUACCAUAUUGAAAUUCUUGCAUUGUUGUUCAUUAAUAUGCGCUACACUUAACAACUGGCUUAUGUUAGUACCAGGUAAGAACAUACUUACAUAUUGAAAAAAAAAUUUGGACUUUGAAAACAGCUUAUUUG